ACACGCACAAAAAAAAGGGUAAGAAGUUGCAAAUAAUGCGUUCCUGGCUUCUCCAUGGUCCACGGAUAAGUGUAUUCUGUGAAACAGUAUGCAGCUGUAGUGAAGAGUAAUCAACCAGCUCAGCUGGGCUGACAAGCUCACCUGUUCUUCCCCCAGCCAAGGAGGAAAAGGCUGCCUGCCGCCGCCGCCACCGCUGCAGAUCACACUACCUUUUCACAACCUUUGUCCAGUCUCUCUUUCUCUCUCACACACACACGGCUGGAGGAAUCAGAGAGCAGUGCUCUCUCUCCUCGGACCACACUGCAUCUUCGGAUCUUGGUGAGUGUAGCUGCUGCAUCCUGAAAGGUGAAAGCCACCCCCGCUUCUGCCGUCCAUCGUUUUCGCUGCAGAUUUUGGCUGCGGCACCGCGGCUGCGUUCUCUGUUCCUCGUGCUCCCACCAAACAGGUGAGAUGCUAAUGUGCUGCCCGGUGGUUCGGUUCUGAGCAAAAUUGGAGAAUAUGUUUGGUUUCUCACGGCGCCGGGUGAAGCUUGGAAGGUUGAAGGACCACUCAAGUGAUCCUUUGAACGGCUCUAGGAGUCCUGCUCGCCUUGCGAAGCACCUCAGCCUGCCCAAUGGGGAUGACGUGGUUACGACUUCAGUGAGCGGCCGUGCAGAUGAUCUUUCUUACCGCUGCUCGUCUGAUACUUUUGAUCUUGAUGGCCGUGUUUUCAGUAUCUCAGAUAAUUGGGCAGUGUUGUCCACGGAGGGAGACAAACCUAUUCCUCGUUUCUAUCAUGCGGCAGCCAUUGUAGGUAGCAAGAUGGUAGUGUUUGGUGGUGAUUCUGGUCAUCACUUAUUAGAUGAUACAAAGAUACUGAAUUUAGAGAAGCUUACCUGGGAUUCUGCAGUGCCUAAAGUUCGCCCAUCGCCAAGUGGGCGAACUACGAAGUUGCCAGCCUGCAAAGGUCAUUGUCUGGUUCCAUGGGGAAAUAGUGUCAUUCUUCUCGGAGGUAAAACUGAACCUGCUUCUGAUCGUUUAUCAGUGUGGACUUUCAAUGUAGAAACGGAGAUUUGGUCACUUGUUGAAGCCAAGGGUGAUAUUCCUGCAGCUCGAAGCGGCCACACGAUUAUCAGAGCUGGUGCUACACUGAUACUUUUUGGCGGUGAGGACACAAAAGGGAAGAAACGCCAUGACCUUCACAUGUUUGAUUUGAAGUCAUCAACAUGGCUUCCAUUGAACUAUAAAGGCGCCGGACCUUCUCCAAGAUCCAACCAUGUCGCUACACUGUAUGAUGAUAGGAUCCUUCUAAUUUUUGGAGGCCACUCAAAAUCCAAGACCCUUAAUGACUUGUAUUCUUUAGAUUUUGAGACAAUGGUAUGGUCAAGAGUGAAGACCCAUGGUCCUCACCCAUCACCUAGAGCAGGUUGCAGUGGAGCUCUGUGUGGAACUAAGUGGUAUAUAGCUGGUGGCGCAAGCAAGAAAAAACGACAUGCGGAAACCUGGGUCUUUGAUGUUCUACAAUCUAAGUGGUCUGUUUGUGUAGUACCUCCUAGUUCAUCGAUUACUACAAAGAAAGGUUUCAGCAUGGUUCCUUUCUACCACAGGGACAAGAUUGCUCUUGUUGCUUUUGGAGGUAACAAAAAAGAGCCAUGCAACAAGGUUGAAGUAUUAGUGGUGCUGCAAAAUGAGCAUUCUUUUAGUUGGCGAUCUGCCCCAGAUUCAGACCGUGUGCUGUAUGAAUAUUCUCCGAGCAACAAGGAGCUUGCUGAUCAUCUCAACAAAUGUUCCCCCUUGUACUCUAACAGUUCCGUGGCAAGGCAUAGUCUCACUUCCGUGAUAGAAAACCCAGCUAGAAGGGAAGCCCUCUCUGAGUCUUCGCUGAAGCACCCAAAUUUGGGCACUUCUGUCCAUGGGCAGUUGCAUCAGGUACAAAAGUUCAGCUUAGCUCAGAAACCAAUCGACGAUGACAGAUACGACGAUGCCGAUGACUCUUCUUCAUGUCAAGAAAGCACUCCGAAAGAGCAUCGGGGCAAAAGGAUGGGAACCGAUAUUCAUCAGAUUGACAUGGCCGGAAUUUUAGCCAGAAAGGCAGAAAAUCCGGUGACCGGAGGAUCAAGUGCGAGAAGGAUAGCCAGAUGCUCUUCAGACGUCAGCCAGAGCCAUCUGUACAGCACAAAGAUAGCAGACUUGGUCAGAAGGAACGCCGCGCUCGAAGAACAGCUUGAGACCGCACUGGCAAGCAAAGACCAGCUAGAGAAGAACUUGUCUUGGGUCAUUCGCAGCAGGGAAGAGCUGGAAAAGAGGCUUGCCGGUAAGGAUAAGGAAGCUGAGAUGCUGAAGGAGAAGAUAGCAGGCUUAGAGUCGGCGCAGGAAGAGUCAAACAACCUCUCCAACACAGUUCACACUGACAAUGUGCGCCUUGAGCGUGAAGUGGCCUUCUUGAAAGCCGUCACGGAUGAGACCCACAAGGAGCUGCAUUCCACUCGCAGAGUUUUGGCGGGAGAACAGUCGCGCGCAUUCCAGCUCCAGGUUGAAGUGUUCCAUCUCAAGCAAAGGCUGCAAAUUCUAGAGGGAAGAUCAGGAACGCCCACAAAACAACCAUAAUCUUUAGUGGCCAUAUCUUUACAUUUCUGGACAGCAAUUGUUGCGAGUUUGUAAAUCGAUUUCGCCGUGAGUGUCAUGUGACAAUAGGUUUCGAUGUGUUGAUGUUGAUCUGUAAUUUGCGGAGAUAUCAUAAAUUGUAAGUAGGUGAUGGAUUGAGCGCAAGCUUAUACUUGAUCUUUCAAAUGUACUUGUAUGAAGGUUACUUAAUAAGGUAUUACUGUCACACAUA